AUGUCGUUCAACAAUACUUUGCCAAGUUGCAAGGAUGCGCCAGAGACUGCGUUGUCAGAUGCAGGGGUUGCGGGAGCUGGUAUCCUGCUGGCCUUUAUAAUCACUGCUGGACUCGCGUUGAUAUUCUCGUCAUUCAUCGUGUUUUCCGAAAUUCGCGGAAGAUCGUCGCGCAACAUAUCCCGAAAGAUCCUCAGUGGUCUGAGCGACCAAAUGAUCGUUGAAGGAAUCGCUAUUCAGGUUGUCGGCCUUGCCAGAGUCAACUCGAUGAUUCCAUAUCACUUCUUCAUCAUCUGGAUGUUAGCCAUCUUAUCGACGGCAACAAAUUUUGCUACGCUCCUCGCCUUGGUGCAGGACUUCAAGCGAGACUGGCUUCUGAGAUGGCUCCGACAAUUCGCCAUGUUUGUCAAUUUGGUGCUUACCACUGUGUUUGGCAUUUUCGUCCUGCAGACGAACAUGCGGAAUUUGUCCCCAACGUUGCCCAUAGCGUGCGUCUGGCAAGAACACGCCACUGGUGAAAGUGGACGAUCCAAUUCAGCCGUCUCUGUCGCGGGAACGAUCGCUGUGAUCGCUGCAAGCUGCAUCAUCUUCGUGCUCAGCACAUGGUAUUUGCACAUGCCCAAGCUGGUAUGGGGCAAAGUGGUGCGAGUCGUUUGCUUGAUCGUGCUAAUGGCCAUUGCGAUUGGUGCUGCUGCAAGAGUGAUCAUCAUCUCACAGGCUUUCGGAUCACCGUCGGUGGACCUGUCGGACCGAGGUGAAAAACAGUGGACUUUCGGCCAGCUCCUUACCAUGCUCCUGCUGCUGUUACCUUUUGUGUCUGCUCUGGAAAUCUUCAGAGGUACGCUCGCUCACCACACUCGCAAGGCCAUUGCCCAAGAGCUAACCAAACUUAGGAGAGAUGGCGGUCCCACGGGCGAAUGCUGGCGCUGA